AUGGAGAACAAGUCACAGUCCCCAGUGGUCACUAAGAAGCACUCUCUCGCCGACAUCCGCUUUCCGUCUCCAGGCUCGGUAUCCACACAUGGCUGCGGUAUGACGAUCAUACAACAACUUGUUCGCACCACGUCUAACAGUUCUUANGAUCAUGUCAAGAGCCAACUCGAAGCCUCACAACCCGAUCUGAUCAAGCGAUACACGACUUUGAUGCAAACAGUACACAAGAACGGCGCAAUCGGCCCACACCUCUCCAAAUCAUCAGCCAUCUCUCUGCGACCUACCUACCUCUGUCUGGAAUGUUCGAGUGUCUUCCCGUUAGAACAGCGUGGACAGCACGAAAAGAAGCAUAUCCUCUGCAAUGUUUACUGCCGAGAGUGCGACGAUUUUGUCUAUGACAAUGCUCUCGAAGAGAUACGCACUCAGCAAGGCAAGAAGCGCAAGCACACCGUCUUCAUGUCCGAUGUCGACAGCAAGAUUCUCGCCGCAAACGCCGCACCUACACCCUGCCGCGCCAAAGGCCUCCGUGGACUUUAUAACAUGGGUCAGACAUGCUUCAUGUCGGUAGUCCUCCAGUCCUUGAUCCACAACCCCUUUAUCCGCGCCUUCUACCUUUCCGUUGGUCACCGCUCCCUCGACUGCGAACGCGAAGCAUGCACCUCCUGUGCCCUUGACGACAUCAUCACCGAGUUCCACAGCACUGAAAAGGCAGAAGGUUAUGGCGCAGUGGCCAUGCUCCAGGGGAGCUGGAAAGGAGGCGGUAACCUGGCUGGCUACCAACAACAAGAUGCCCACGAAUACCUUCAGUUCAUCUUGAACUCGCUCCAUACCACAAAUAUCGAAGAGGACGAGAAGGAGGAAAAGGCUGAAGACUGCCACUGCGUCAUUCAUCGUGCCUUCUGUGGUCUGAUGCGUAGCACUGUCGUGUGUUCAAAGUGCAAGAACGUUACAACCGCGCUGGACCCGUUCAUGGACCUGUCUCUCGACCUCAAAAGUUCUGGACCCAAGAAGAAAAAGAACGACCCACCUGUAGCGCCUCAAGCCAUCGAUCUGACCGAGUGUCUUGAUCGUUUCACAAGUCCCGAAGUACUGCAAGCUUCAGAUUAUCGCUGCCGAGAGUGCGACAGCCAACAGACCGCCACCAAACGACUUGCCCUGGCACGACUACCACCUGUCCUCCCCAUACACUUGAAACGCUUCUCACAUUCAAAGACGUCGUCUACGUCCAUCAAGCUUGAUGCGAAGGUGCACUUCCCAACCACACUGGAUAUGCAACCUUACGUUGGUCGCCCACGUUCGAAGAAGGGCAGCAAUGAAACGAAUGGAGCAAAGAACGGUGGAGACUCUGACAAGGGAACAUCUCCAAGGCCUAUGUAUGAGCUCAGCAGUGUCAUCGUACACAAGGGUAAAAUGGAUAGUGGACAUUAUGUGAGCUAUGCCAGAGAAGGUGACGAGUGGUUCUUGUUUGACGACAGCAAAGUGGUCUUGGUCGAGGAGAAAGAAGUCUUGGCUGCAGAGGCGUAUAUGCUCUUCUACAUUGUUCAGGAGAUUGAGGUAUAA